ACUAGAGUGGGUGUCGGGUAGGUACAAAUACCGACAGUUCCCUCACGGUCCCCAGUGCUAGCACCGGUCUGGGUGUGGCACAACGAAGCACAGCUGUGUGUCAUCAAAAGACGUGUGAUUUGCAGUUUAACCCCUAGGGAAGAUUUAUAACCAAAAACACUGACACGUGAAAACUUAAUAACUGCUGUGCGAAAACUUUUCUUCAAACCCGAAAAAUCAUCGUAAAGUAGACUUUUGUGGCAACUGGGACGAACUAGAAGCCCUGACAUUGGAAAAGACAGUUGAAAGAUUCGAGAAACGGAAAUUAACAUCGGGACUUUCUCAGUAAAUCAAAGUUUUUAAAGUAUUUUUUUUAUUAUUCUUGAGUGCAUCGUUUGAAGCUCUUCCAUUAUUAGAACAUCAAGAAAUUUUGCCACAAACAAGCUGAAAUCCAUGCAGGCAAGGGAGAUUACACCGAGGAUUCAAUGACCAUCGUUCUUCUUCUGGCACUCACCCUAGGGACCUUUGUGGGCCCCGGGGUGAGGGCGCAAGCUUUAGCAUGCGAUUCUCCCCUUGGUUUGGCUUAUGGCGGAUCAUUUGAUAACGGCCAACUUCUUGCCUCCUCCGUCGCCGCUGAUCUACAGCUCAGCUUCGCACGCUUCAACUGUUGUACAGACCAAAUGAUGGGUGCGUGGUGUCCGGCCAAUGCCACAGCAGGUGAAUGGCUGGAGGUGCGGUUGUACCGGCCGGCCAACGUCACCUCGCUGCUGCUGCAGACACCUGCUGGGUCAGCAACGUCCACACUGGACCAGUUCAUCCUCUUCCUGGAGCUGGCCGACUCCGCGCCUGGUAGUCUCACCCAGUUCCGAGGAAAAGAUAACAAAACAGAGGUCUUUGCGGCAAACUACACAAAUGGCACCUACAGACUGGAUCUGGGCGAGGCACAAACAGUUCGGCGUGUCCGGAUUGUGGUCGCCAACUUUACCACCAGACCGUGCCUUCGCCUCGAGCUUUUCGGCUGUGACGCACCGGAAGGACUUGUACCAAGCGGUAUCGUGGCACCAACGCUAAGUCUAUCCUACACUUCGCUGGAGGACAUGGCGCUGGAGUGUCGCCUGAACAACCAACCUGCUUUUGGCAUCCAGUAUGAAGUCACGUGGUAUGAUGCGAAUGAUGUUAACAUGUCUUCCGUCUUCGUGGACAACUCGAUUCUGACCUCGACUUACAAUGUUACAAGCAACAGCUUCACUCAUGAUCAAAGUUACCGAUGUGCAGUGGCAGCUUGCUACAUACCUGACUGUGACUUAGGAUUUCUCAGCGAGAAAAAGACCAGCAACACAUACAGACCAGAAAUACAGCUGCUAACAGACAGUCUUCACUUGCGUGAGGGAGGCGGGACCGCCAAUGUCAGCUUCAUUAGCAACUCGCCUCCUUCCCUUCUGUGUGUGAGGGGCAACAAGCAGCCAGACUGUGUCGUCACCGUUAUGGCAUACAUCCGUGACGUCAAUCCUCUCAUCUGCGCUUCAGCCAAUCAAAUGAUUCUCCCUCAGGUCCUUUUUCCAGACGGGGCGCAAUCUGAACUGUGUUCAGUUAAAGUGACCAAUGAAAACUGGAGAACUGUCAGAAGCAUCAGCGUGAUAGCCAAUCAGGAUGGCUGGCUAGAUGGCACCACUAACAGCACGAUUACUCUCACAGUGAAUCUCGGAAGCCAAGAUUUUUACACCGCUUAGACAAAACGUUGCAGGUUCAAGUGGAUGAUGGUGACCGAAAAGCGGUGUGUUACUCUCUCAAUGACCCCCACCUGAGAACAUUUGACGGAACGUACGUAUCCCACACCUUUAAGUAUUCUCGACGUUCGAGUGGUUAAAGAAACUUCUCAGUUCACACUCUUGCCCCUGCAUCAGAUUAACCUCCAAAUUCCAUUUUCCAAAGAAACUAUCCAGUUAAUUGCAUAAUCUAUCGAAAUGAAAACCGUCUUGU